ACCCAAAAGCUUCAAAUUAUUAUCGAUUGAGAGCCCGCUUUUGCAUCUUGGGUGCGCCGAUUAUUCACAACGAUCAACGAAUUCGAGACACAGCAUCUGGCAACCCUCAAGGGUCUUAGACUGUUCUUACCGCUACGGAUUACUCCUUCCUGCCGACCACAGUCAUGGCUGCACGACUCUUUUCCCCAGCCGCGUCGAUUGCCCGCUGGGCUCAAUUCGUGCAAAACCCUUCUGUCCUGUCACAGACGCUCUUCCAGCCUGCUACUUUGACCUUGACGAUUCCUGGCCUAUUGUCGGAUAUAUGGGAUUCUAUCCUGCGUGCUGUUCCGAAGAAGAAGACUUCGCACAUGAAGAAGCGUCACAGGCAGAUGGCCGGCAAAGCUCUGAAGGAUGUUAAAAACCUCAACACAUGUCCUGGGUGUGGACAGAUUAAACGUGCACAUGUCCUGUGUCCGCAUUGUGUAUCAGACAUCAAGAAGCAAUGGGCGACGGCCAAGACAGCAUAAGUGAGAAUAAAAAAGGGGGAAGAGAAGGAGGCAUGAAUAAAGUUGUGUGUUUUAUGGGAACUGUACUAUUAACUACUAUAUGAGCUGUGGAUACACGGUGCAUAGCAUUGGGCGUCUGGUUAUGAUAAGAAGAUAUUCUAUUUUUUGCUUUUGAA